GUUAAUCGAAUAUCUAGAUGACAGAACGAGCAAAUUACCAUGGAAUUGUUACUUUGAAUUUUCAUUUCGUGUCGUGAAACAUCAGUUACCGAUUAUGCGAGUAAAUAAUCGACUGCGUAGUUUGGCCAUACUGUAGCAGAUGUCGCUGCUGGUCAUUGAACACGUUCGCUGCUCGAAUCCUCGAAUGGAACACUAGGAGAAGUAAUCGUUCCGCGAAACGUAACGCGAAACGUAACCCAAAACCGAACGCGGCAGUCGAUUCGCGGGGUUCCUUCCGAGACAAGAAAAAUAAUUGAAACGGCCGAUUCGCGGAGAUUUCAUUUGGUUCGUAACAAGUCCGAUGUUUAUCCGUUUAUUUGGUCUUCUAACCUCGCCUACUUUUCCUUUCAAUAUGCGUCAACGUUCAUAGAUGUAACCUAUUUACAAAGUUGCACGUAUGUAUAUAUAUCGUAUUAUAGAUGUAUUAACAUUACAAUUGUGCACGGCGCAUUCUCCGUAUGAGCAAACGAAAAUGACCGAGUUCAUACAAGGAACAUGUUUAUCGAUGUGCCCGGAAAAAGAACGUCGGAUGAGAGAGAAGGAAGGUCUGCUGCAUAAAUUCGAAAUCGACGAAGAGAGGAAAAAUCUGCACGGGCAAUUGAAAGCUGAUCCCAUGAAAACUGUGAAAUGUUUCGGUCGUCCGGCAGCCGGGAUAAUUAUGACGGAUCCUAGUCAGUUACGUCCCGAGGCUGUAUUAUUAUCGACUAUUAGAUACAUGUUUACCAAAGUCGCUACGCGAACCGACGUCGACUGGAUAGUAGUAUACGACUUUCUGUUCGAUCGUUUGAGAGCUGUCAGGCAGGACGUUGCGAUUCAAAGGAUCCGAGUUCCCGCGAGUAUUUCAAUCUUCGAACCCAUCGUCCGAUUUUUCGUUUAUUCCGCGCAAAGAUUGUGCGAUCGAAACGCUUCCGAAUUCGAUGCAACGAUCAACAAUAGACACCUCUCCGAGUGCAUGUCGCAUCUGUUAGUUUUGUACGACGAGUGGGACCGGGAGAUUCGUGGAUCGGAACUCGAGACGAGUACGGACAACCUGAAACUGACCAAUCAUCGCGAACAAGUAGAAGCACUCUAUAUCCUUUUAAAUAUGGGUAACACGGAAGCUUUAACCAGGUCGUUGACCCUGCCGCUACAUUUAAGGCGGUCCCCGAGCGUUCGAUUAUCCACGGAAAUAUCACUAGCCUGGUAUUUGAAAAAUUAUGUACGCGUUUGCAGCUUAAUUCAACGACUCUCUCCGAUGCUCGUAUGCGCGGCUAUGAUCAAUAUACCGAACAUCAGGAGGACAACGUUCAAAAUCAUGAGUUCGGGCUAUAACAGUAAAGUUGUCACGUAUCCGGGAAUUUUGUUACAAAAACUUUUAUUGUACAGAGAUAUAGAGAAAGUUCGAGCAGAUUGUAUAUUAUACGGAGCGGAAUUUAACCAACAGAAUAUACUCUUUCGAAAAGCUACGUUCAAAGAAGACGCAAAAUUGGUAAGAAACUGUUCCGUCAGGAAUUUCUUAUACCGAAUCGAGAAUCAAGAAUCAUCGAGAUCAUUCGUGGUGGUAUUUCAGGGAAACUCGGAAAUGUACUACGCUCAGGAGACUUUGCACGAUUUUCUACCUGAAAUUCUUCUCGAAUCUGCGUAGAGUUGCAAGAAAAGUACGCGCAACAACGAAAUAAAGAAAACGUACAAGUACAGAAAUUACACGAAAAUAUAUUUGUUUCUAGCGUUCAAGUUUAUGAGUCGCGUUGGUUUUCACUCAUUGCGAAUCACUGGACGAACUGCUCGAGGAAUCCGUAGACAUAACUUCGACAUCCUCGGUUUCCUGUUUAUGAGUAUUCAUAGCAACGCUACCCUGUCCGCUUACCGACAGGUGAAUUUCACCGGAUGGAUGCCAUGCGAAUUGAUUAGCUUGCGACACCGGUGGCUCUGAAAUGUUAAAAUAUAGCUGGUUGGUUGUUUCGAACUCUCAACGACGAGAGAAAUAGUACCGUUUCGUUGGACGAUUACCUCCUACAGGAUGUCCUGGUCUGUGCAAAUCGGACGAUAUUCCAGGAUGGGAACCCAGCAUUUGACCAUUUAACGGAAGGUCGCUCAGUCGUCCAAGAUACCCUAAUCUCAUCUCGAUAUCUGUAACACAUUCCACAGCACAGUCAAGAUCUGCAUCGUGCGAAAGGCUAAACGAAACUACUCGAAAAUAACGAAAUAGUUGUUUAUUUCAAUGUAUGCUUUCUCCUAAGAAAUACAUUGCAACGCGAUUAGUAUAUAUACACAUA